AUGCCCGUGACGAGGGAAGGCCACGAUGUCGAUAACCACAGUGAUGACAAUGACUAUCAGAAUCAGAAGCAAAUGAUCGAAGCAAAGUUGAAAGAACUAAUUUCAAUGAUGCGGGCUGUAUUUUGUGACACCCAUGGUAGACGCGAAAACGACGAUGAAGACGGAAAAAAUAGUGAACAAGACGAGCAAGACGAGGACUUGGAUCCUUGGCCGGCGAACAGCAAACGCUCAAGGCGCGUUCAAUGGCGGCUGGGGCGCAAAACUAAGCGAUCUCGAAGGAAUUUCAGGCGCAGAAUGAGGGGUGCUUCGCGCUCUCCCAACAAGCUCCGCGGGUCCGACUCCGACUAG